AUCAUUCUAAAAUAAAAAAAAAAAAAAUAAUUCUUUCGUCAGUUUAACCCCUUCACGCACAAUUAAAAAUUUAAACAUAUAAAAGAUGUAUAAUUUAUAAAGCCAUAUAAAAGCACGCAUAGUCUGCUGACUGUUGAAGAACAUGAAAUCAUGGAUCCUUUAAUUUUUUUUGAAGUACUACUUGCUAUAUAUGGUGUUUUGUUCUUCUUUGAUCGGUUUUUUAAGAGCUGUAUGCACUACCCCUAUGAGAGUUUUCUAACAAAUAGCGGUUUAUCAAUCACCUUUUUGGGUAUUCGAUGGCAUACGACGGCCUUUAACCGUUGGAUUUUGCGUCUGGGAAACAGUGGGGGAAGCUGUUGUCGAAGCUGGUGCACAAAAUCAUUUACAGUUGGUGUUUUAAUAGCUUUGUCUCUGGUUCCAGUGGGCAUAAUUUUGUUGUUUAUAACAAUAUUUGGUGGUGGCAACCAACAGCAUGAAGGUGGCAACAGUUUGGGUGGUACCGUAGAAACCAGAAGUCAAUCACUGAACGUUGAAAUAUUGUUGCCUGGUGUAAAUCUGCCUUUGGAGGAAAUUGGCUAUUAUGUCACUACUUUGCUGAUAUCGACGGCAGUACAUGAAUUAGGUCACGCCCUGGCCGCUGUAAUGGAGGACAUUCCUGUAACAGGGUUUGGUUUCCAUCUAUAUUUUUGCCUACCCGUAGCCUAUACCGAAAUCUCUACAGACCAUUUGAAUGCCCUUAAAUGGUUUAAAAAGCUACGCAUACUGUGUGCCGGUAUUUGGCAUAAUUUUGUUUUUGCCGGCUUUUGUUAUCUUCUGCUUUCUACUUUGGGCUUUAUGGCUGCUCCCCUAUAUUCGCUCAAUAAAAAUGUGAUAGUAACUGAGGUUACAAUACAAUCUCCGUUACGGGCAAAAGGUGACCGAGGCCUGGUGGAGGGGAAUGUUAUCACCCAAAUCAACGAUUGUGAUGUUGUCAACGAAGACUCUUGGUAUAAUUGUUUGCUGAAAGCUUUACGCUCAAAACCGGGAUUUUGUGUAUCCUCGGAUUUUAUACGCUUAAAUGAUGAAAGCAUAGAAAUAUCACACCACAGCUCGGAUGGUACACUGCAGUGUUGCGAUGACAAAAAUGCCAAACUAUGCUGUUUCGAAUACAUCGAUGAUUUUAGCAACGAUGCGCCCGUAGAAAUACCUCAACAUGUUUGUCUGGAUGUUCGUAGAACAAUGGACGACUCCUAUGGCUACUGUUCGCCGGCAGGGGUAUGUGAGCGAGGUUUUUGUUUGCGACCCCUGUUGAAAAAUACCACUACCAUAAUGAUAUUUAGAAGACAGGCUCAGCCUGUGGAGCCACAGCAGGGAUCAGCUUUGAAAAACGUCAUCUAUAUGGGCCAUCCGUUGGAUGUGGCCCGAAGUGUUCGCAUCUCACCAUUUGUACCCAAGCACUCGUAUGUCAGUCCCAAAUGGUGUGAUGCGUACCAAUUGUUCCUUAAAUAUAACAUUGUUUUCAGUUUAGGUCUAGCCCUUAUUAAUGCUAUUCCCUGUUUUGGCUUCGAUGGCAACCACAUCGCCAACACAAUUGUGAAUAGCUUUUUAGUUAAUCGCGUAGCCGAGAAGGCCAAAAGAGAUUUUAUAUCCUUGAUUGUGACAGCCAUAGGCUCUCUAUUGUUUAUCUUAGCUGUGACCAAGGUGCUGUGGCUAAGUUUAUUACGAUAUUUAUUUUAAAAUUAGUUCCACUAUUUCAUUUUUAAAUUAUACGAAUUUGAAUCGUCUAUCAAAUAGCAAUAUCUUGUAUAAUACACCUACGCUUUAGUAGAUGCAAUUCAGAACAAAAAAGCAGGAACAAACAUACGUUUAAAUAUUUGACAUAACCAAAUAUGGAAAAUGUUGCAAAUAAAGUUAACAUAAUAAUUUGUAA